UUAAGCAACGAGCCCAAGACUUACAUUUCAAAACAAAAAAUGGACUGAUCCAAUUAUUUGGGAGUAGAUAUUCAAAGCGAAACAUUUGGAAUUUCUUUUAGAUACAAGAGUUUGCACUUCUUCAAAAUUGCCCCAUCGUUUACAAUAAGACAAAUACAUGAAAGUCAAAUAAUGAAAUCUGCAGUCUCUUUGCUGCGUAACAGGUUCGGAUUUGCUCGUUUGCAUGCAAAAGCCUCGCCAUUGGAGCGCUUCGGACUGGAGCAUCUGAGAGGCAAUCCGUUAGAGCAAAUCAAAUCCGUCUACAACAGCGACUUCUACAUUCCAAAAUGCCGCUUUAUGCAAUAUGUACGUGCUGGCGACACCGACAAGCGCCUCGGCAUGGUGUCCGAAAAUGGCUCCAAAAUGAUUGAAUUGUCCGGCAAAACGUGUGCCGCGCCAGACAUGAUCAGCUUUAUACACCAGAAAUAUUGUAUGAAAAGUCUGAUGGAAAGCGCCAAAUAUAUGGAUGUUGAGGAUGUCAAGCCCGACCUGCGCCUCCUGCCGCCCAUUGAUUCGCCAGGUAAAAUAAUUGGCGUCGGUUGCAACUACUAUGACAGCUGCAACGAGCGCAACAUGAAAGUGCCCAAGGCACCAGAGUUUUUUGUUAAAUUCGGCACCUCCAUUACGGGUGCCCUCGAUAAUAUCCGUGCCCAUCAAAUAGCCAAGCGCAUCGAUUAUGGCUGCGAGCUGGCCGUGGUAAUUGGCAAGAAAUGCCGCCACGUCUCUCGCGUCGCUGCUAUGAGCUGUGUUUUUGGUUAUAUGAUUGCCCAGGAUAUUAACGCACGUGACUGGAAUGUAUUUCUCGGUGGCCAAACAAUGUUAGGUAAGUCGUUGGACACGUUCUGUCCACUGGGGCCAAUCAUCGUCCACAAGAGUCAUGUACCCGAUGUCAAUAAUCUGUGGAUCAAGACGAUUGUCAACGGUGAGGAACGUCAGUGCGGUAACACAAAGAAUAUGAUCUUCAAAAUAGACUACCUCAUACAUAGAUUAUCCCAAUUUAUGACGCUCUGUCCGGGCGACAUUAUUUUGACCGGUACACCUGCCGGCGCUGGGGCCUAUCGCAAUCCGUCAAGCUAUCUGAAGCCCGGUGAUAUGGUCGAGAGUGAAAUACAAAAGCUGGGAAAAAUGAGAAAUAAAGUCGUAAAUCCUUAUUUUUAAAUUGUGGGAAACAGUGUGAAAUAAAGUCGUAAACCCUUAAGUUCAAAUUACAUAGCCA